UGUGUGCCGUUAUUGUGUUUUUGCUGUUGCGAGACUGUUGUGGUUGUGCUCUUUUUUUGAAUCGCGCACGAAAAUAAGAAAAUUUGAACCGCGCUUUUCGCGGGAAAGCUUUGCUCGUUUGAAAACCGUCGGAUGACCAAGUGAUUUUCGCCACCUUCGUCAUUUUUCUAUUUCGACCGUGCCGGUCGGUUUGAAGUCACGCGUCGAUCGAAAUCUUCAUCUCGACGCUCGGCUCUUGUCGACCGUCAGUGAACGUGAGAAAAUUACAGUCGGAGCCAGUGAUUCCAUUUCGGCAAAAGUCAGUCGUGUGAAAUUCCAUAAAAAAGUCGCUGGUACAUCAUGACGUGCGACCAAAGCAAGGGCAGCCGAUCGCAAAGUACAUUAUAAAAACUGUCCGUUGGCUCGCCAAAAUAAGCGAAAAUGAAAACGGUUAUGAAUCGGAACGACUGUAACGAGCUCAUUGUAACGUCGAGCGUAAUGAACGAUUCUCUGGUGCCACGGUAGUUUCUUGGAGGGUUAACAAUCAAGAGCAGCUGUUUGUUAGCAAGCAAGCCGUUUUCGAUGGGAAGAAAGCAAUUAGAGGGGGAAUACCAUUUGUCUUCCCUGCCGUUGCAACAAGCCACGCUCAAUUGAUGACAGAUCUAUUUACAGCGCAAUUCGGAGCAUGGUCGUACGGGCCGGGCCACGGCUUCGCCAGGAUAGUGCGCUGGAACGUGGAGAAGUCGCCGGAGCGACUGCCGACCGGCGACGUCGAGGCCAUCUUCUCCCUCAUGGACAACGAGUUCACGCGCUCGAUAUGGAAUUACCCGUUCAGGCUCACCUACAGGCUAAUACUUCGCGAGAAGGAGCUGCACUUCAACAUCGGCGUCUACAAUCCCAGCAAGGAGCACACGUUCAGCUUCAACCUGCUGCUGCACACCUACUUCAAAGUGCCCGACGUCAGGAGGUGUCAGAUCACCGGUCUCCACGGCUGCACUUUCAUCGACAAGACGCGAGACAACCAGAUCUUCCAAGAAGGCCGAGACGUGGUGACGGUCGGCGAGUGGACGGAUCGCAUCUAUCAGAACACUCAGCCGGAGCACAUAAUAACGAACGUAGUGUCGGGUCGCAAGAUGCGAGUGCAAAAGUACAAUUUCCCCGACACAGUCGUGUGGAAUCCGUGGCUGGACAAGGCGCGCGACAUACCGGACUUUGGCGACGAUGAGUUUCCGAACAUGAUAUGCGUGGAGAGCGGACACGUGAGCAGCCCUGUGAUAUUGCUGCCUGGCACGGCUUUCGAGGCCAGUCAAAUUCUACAGGUGAUGUGAGUGGAGGGUGGCGGAGGAUCCUCGCAAGCCAGCGGCAGCCAGGCGAGUCGAGGAGGCGGUGGCGGUGGAAGUAUCGGAGUAAUAGGCGGCAGCGGCAACGAGACUGCAGUGACGAACAGCAACGCUGCAGCGGCGGCGGCGGCGGCGGCGGCAGCGAUGCUGCAGCAGCAGGUCUCCGCCGGUAGCGGCGGUGCUGUCCAUCAUCAUCACCAUCAGGCGGCGGCGGCGGCGGCCAUGUGGCCAAGCGCAGGCGCCGCCGCUGCUGCUGCUGCGACCGCCGGCUGGCUUUACACACCGAGUCCCGCUCACCCACAUCACCACCAUCAUCAUCAUCAUCACAUGCACUGCGUCGCUCAGAGCUGCACCAUUUGCUCGCUCAAUCUCUAAGCCCGUCUGUCCAAUGCUGAUUCUCUUUACCUUCACCUGCAUUACUCUUUUGCUUUUCCUUCGAAACGUCGGCUUCCAGCUCUCGUUGUUCGCUUUCUUUUUUACAAGAGGUUGAUCGGGUAAAGCUGACGGAUGUUAUGAGUGGUAUAUGUAACCUUCCGCGUGUUCGCAUUGUUGAUUUCGUGAAUUAUUAAUUUCAUCGUCUCGAGGUUUCGGGAAAUUUAAGUCACGGGCAAAACUAUCACUUCGAUAGACCUUUCUUCCGCGCUGACUUAUGCAAACUUAUUGUCUUUGUAAAACUCAAAGCUGUCUCUAAUCGAGUAAUGCUAUUGCAUAUUUCAUUCUCGGUUUUUUCUCUUGUUGAACGUGACUUUUCGUCUUCGAUUAUUAUGCAUUACAAAUUUCGCAUUUUCAAAGUCGUAUACGUACUAAUUUAGCAUAUAAUUAUCGUAUAUCUGUAAGUAUCGACAAAUGAUCGACAAAUGAUAAAGUAUGACAAUUUGUAAUAUAUGAUGUAGGUCGGGCGAAAAUACACGUGUACUUUUUGAACGAUUCACACUUGUUUCCUUAAUGUUGACAAACUAUUUUAUGUAUAAAACAUUCCUGGGAACAACUCGUGUGAACGAGAUUGUAUUUUAAUCACCGAGGUGACAGAUUCAUUUCUUAAAUAAAUAAAAUAUAUAUACGUACUAUUAGUAUAUUAUAAAUGCUCGAUGUUUCAUCAAUGAAGUCGAGUAAAACGAUUAAAAAUUUACUAGAUGUCUAUUAGUUUGGUAGAUUUUUAUCAUCAUUUAGAUUUAACUCCUACUGUAAACACGUUCCUCAUCAGUGGAAACCAAGUUUUUUCAUAAGAAUGGUAUAUUAAUAUGAUGUUGGUGCUAUGAUUCUACACAAGUUCCACAAUUAAUGCUACUUUAAACAAACUCAAUGUUCCCUUUUACAAUAAAAUGAGUGAACAGGUUGAGCAAAACUGAAUUGAAAUACGUCCUGCCAAAAUUCUAGUAUAUUUACAGAAAAAAAAUUUUUAAUUAUGUCUAUAAAACGAAUAUUGUUCCAUUAUGGCAAAUCAUCGAACUAUAUAUAAGCAAUAAUAAAACUUAAUAUCGAUAUAUACAAUAAACGGAAGUGUAUUUGUAUGAGUGUUUGAAAUCGAUAAUGAAAUUUAUAUAUAUACUGAAAUGAAAAUAAUAAGUCAAG